CAGGGAGCAGCCCGGGGCCGCGCUGAGGGGAGGGCCGAGGCGGGCGGGCCGCACCCCGCCUUCCAGCGCUGCUCCUUCCGGGCCUACGGCGCCAUGGGAGCCGGCGGGAUGUGGGUGAGAACCGCACACACCGCCCUCAGCGGGGUCUUAACGCUGGGGCUGUUCCUGCACCGCACAGACCUACAGAAGGAAGCGGAGCGCGGAGCCGUGCUGCAGCCAACGCUGUUCGUGGCGCUGCUCGGGUGCUCCGUCCUGCUGUAUUUCAAGGUGUCCCUCAUGGACCCGGGCUUCGUUAGGGCUGAAGAGGAAGCAAAGGCAGAGAAAAGUGAAGAACAACGCACGAUGAUACCCCAGGUUUCAAGCAGUGUUAAGAUGCGGCGUUGUGGCUACUGCAUGGUGAAGCAACCAAUGAGAGCCAAGCACUGCCAGCUGUGCCAACAUUGUGUUCGGCGCUAUGACCAUCACUGCCCCUGGAUUGAGAAUUGUGUAGGAGAGAAGAAUCACCCUCUCUUCAUAGUCUACCUUAGUGUACAGCUCAUAGUUCUGCUGUGGGGAGGACACGUUGCUUGGUCAGGCCUUUACUUUAAACAGUCCUGGGAGUGGCUGUGGCACAACAUUUUCCUCCUCGUAUCCUUCCUCCUGAUAGUUGUAUUCACCAUUGUUGUCUUGCUGCUGCUUAUUUCACACCUCUAUCUGAUCUCAUGCAACACCACCACCUGGGAGUUCAUGUCAUACCACCGCAUCUCCUACCUGCGACACUCAGAGCUGGAGAAUCCCUUUGACCAAGGAGUAAUCCGCAAUCUCUGGAGGUUUUUCUGUUCGUGCCAUCUCACUGCAUGGGAGAAAAUCUAUUUUCACAGGAACAAUGAAACUGUCUAGUCAGUGGUACCUGAUUAGUAAAAUGCCAAAAGACAUCUGCAGGUUGUUGGAUAACGUUUUGCUCACCUUGCGUGGAACUGUAAUACAUCACGGGCUAUGCAACAUGUUCCAUAACAUAACCUGCUCAUCCAUAAAGACAAAUCACCUCUCAAGAAGGAUCAUCAGGGCUACUUUUUAUAUAUGAGUAACACUGUUAAAGGGGAGACACUGGUUCUAAGGGGGUCAGAAGUGCUGAUGUCUUGACCAAGGAGAGUUAUCUCUUUGAAUCCCCUUCCUCGUGUUAACUUGCAUCCACACCUGAAGAUAUGCAAGAAUCCCUGUGGCCUUUCUUCAGCAUAGCUCUUACUGUGAGAACCACAGUGCCUUUUGUCAGUAAUGUUGGAUACAUAAGAGAAAUAUUUGAGUAAGUAUUUGUACAGUCAAAAGCAAAUUUCAUUUUGCCUGCAUGCCUAAACUGCAUGCCUUGAGAUUUCAUAGCAUUAAUGUGUAUGAGAAACAGCUGUAAGACAACAAAUUCAGUCAACAUCAUUACCCUGUACCUUAUAAUGCCCUGAUAGCAUCCUAACAGGUUGUUUCUCCUUUAAGUUGAUGGUGCUGUCAAAAAAUCAUAGAGUAUUUUGAAUGAAUUCAGCAACGAGUGAUGUCAGACUCUUUGGACAGAAGAGCAAUGUUUGCCUACAGGUACUUCUGCAAAUAACCCUCACACCCUUCACCUUUACUGUAUCUAAUGGGAAAAGAGCCUGUGACAGAGGUGAGCACUUCUUGCCUAGCUCAAAUAACACCAGUGGUAAUGCUACUACCUCAGCAUAUCAGUAAUGAAAUAAUACAAAGUGUCACUGGAAUGGAAUCUUGUAAAGGAAAGGUUCUAGGUCCUAUUUGUUUCUAUGGGGUUGGGGUGCUGAUAGCAUUCUGGGAUGGCAGCAGCUUUACUUGUUUUCCAUUGUAAUAGAAGGUCAUAGUUCAAGUUUCCAUAAGGAAGUUAGGAUCAACAGUUUAAAGUAGAAAAGCCUGUGGUGUGAAUCUUAGUGCUGACCCUUUUCUGCUUUAAAAACAAAAAAAAGCAAAGCACAUCCAACAACUUAGUUAUUGUGCCUUAAUUGCCGUGACUUGGAAAUUAACAGCAGCUCAGGAAUACAUCUGGCAAGCUGGCAGAACGCACUCAGGGCUUUAAAGUGAAUGAGCACUCAGGAAAGGACAGUAUAGAGUCACUAACACAACAUGAUAGUCUAAAAGCAGAUUGAAAACACAGACUUCUUUUUUGACUAAAUCCAGAGUCUGUAGCCUGCAUCCAGGCUCGUGUGUUCAGAGAAGGAACUCCUGCCAGAGGGAUAUCAGAAUGUUAAGAACUGUCUUCAUAAUAAUGAUGCACAGUCCAGGAAGGACCCUGCAGUUGUGUCAGCGUGGUGCCUGCUGCAGGAUGGCUCAUUUCCUCCUUAACAAUUACUUUUUCUUUAGCUAUCCCUCAAAAACAUGCCAGCAGGUAAUACAGUUCAAAACACAGCGUUGUGCUCUUUGGUAAUUCUCUUGUACGUGCACUGGAAUGGUAGUUUAUGGUAUUUUUACUAUAAAAGUAUUUAACAAUUACAUACACCU